AUGAGCAGCAGCGGGUCGAAGGCGGCGGCGCGCCUCAACGCGUCGGCGGAUGCCGCCACCGGGAGCAGCAACGCCUCGGCGGCGGCGGUACUGGUGGCGCAGAGUGAGGAGUCGUCGUCGUACGCCGGCGCCGACGAGCUGGAGGAGGCGGAGGUGUCCGGUUCCUCCGGCUGCGCGAGAUCGCCGCCGCCGCCGCCGCCGUACGACGUGUUCAUCAACCACCGCGGGGCGGACACCCGGCACACGGUGGCGCGGCUGCUGCACGACCGGCUGCUGCAGGCCAGCGGCGGCCGGGUCCGCACGUUCCUGGACAGCGUGUCCAUGCGUCCCGGCGACAGGCUGGUGGAGCGCAUCAACCAGGGCAUGGGCCAGUGCAAGGUGGCCGUGGCCAUCUUCUCCGAGCGCUACCUGGACUCCGAGUUCUGCCUGCACGAGCUCGCCGCGCUGGUGGAGGCGCGCAAGGCCAUCGUCCCCAUCUUCUACGGCGUCAAGCCCUCCGCGCUGGUGCUGCCGCAGGCCGUCGUCGACGCCCACGCGCCCCGUGACGUCGAGCGCCUGAGGGCCGCGCUCCGCCAGGCCAAGUACACCGUCGGCCUCGCCUACGACCCAGCCACGGGUGAUUUGGCCGAGCUGGUAUCAGCGGCAGCCAAGACGGUGAUGGAGAGGAUUGAACAAAUAGAUAGCAUGCGAUGA